AUGCAAUUCUUUGCACAUCUAGUGAUAGACAUCGGUCACAUUGAGUUCUGCAAAGCGUUUGCCGACAAUUCAUACGAUAUAUACAAAACUGUUUACCACUUUAACUCUCAAACAUUACUUAUUAUUAUCGGCAAUCAAUACUGGCUUUUGAGGGCUAAUGAAACCGAUGUCCGAAUGGAUAGUGAAUAUCAUGUGAUACACGAUUUCUAUGCCGAUCCCGAUAUAAGUUUUAUAAUGAAGUUAACGGACGGAAACAACUAUGAAGUCUAUAACUUUAAAAAUCACACCAUUUAUUAUAUAUCGAGUCUGGAUUGGAAUCCUAACGAGUAUAGGAUACCAUUUAAUUUGUCGUCUGAAUAUGAUUCGGCCAUUCAUUUCCGUUCGCCUGAUUCCCAACACGAUAUGUGUUUUUUGAGUCAAACAAAGUCCACACCAACUGACCAUCAGUUUGUGAGAAGACAUUGUUGUUUUAUACACUUAAGUAAAGAAACAGUGAUUCCCGAUCUGACUAAUGACACCCAAACUGUGAAUCAAGUGAUCGACAUCCAGUUCUGCAAAGCCUUUGCCGACAAUUCAUACGAUAUAUACAAAACUGUUUACGACAUUAAGACUCAAACACUGAUGAUUAUUAUCGGCAAUCAAUACUGGCUUUUGAGGGCUAAUGAAACCGAUGUCCGAAUGGAUAGUGACUAUCAUGUGAUCGACAAUUUCUAUGCCGAUCCCGAUAUUGGCUUUAUUCUCAGGUCAAGGAAAGGACCCAAAUAUGGAGUCUAUAGAUUUAAAAAUCACACAUUUUAUUGGAUAGAAAGUCUGGACAAUCAUAACGUGCCGAAGGGAUCAAUGGAUUUGCCGCCUGAGUAUAAUUCGGCCAUUCAUUUCCGUUCACCCGAUUCCGGACAUAGGAUGUGUUGUUUGAGUCAAACACCAACUGGCCAUCAGUUUGUAAGAAGAUAUAGUUGUUUUACAAGUCCAGGCCAUAAAACAGUGAUUCCCGAUCUGACUAAUGAAACUCAAAGUGUGAAUCAAGUGAUCGGUAUUAUGGGACCAAUCGGUGAAACAAUUCCUCGAUAUAUAUUCUUCUUCAAAGAGGACACAGAUAUCACGUAUUGUUUGACACAAAAUCUGGAUUUUCUCACAGAAUUUAAAGAGCGCAAAUAUAUUGUGAUACGAAGUCUGGACGACAACCACACCGUUUCCACGCACUCAACAAAGUUGCCGUCUGAGUACAACUCUGCCAUUCAUUUCCGUUCACCCGAUAAACAACAUAACGUGUGUUUAUUGACUCAAACAAAGUCCACACCAACUGACCAUCAGUUUGUGAGAAGAUAUGGUUGUUUUCCCCGUCGUUUUGAACCAUACGACAAAACAAUGAUUCGCGGUCUGACUGAUGGCACCCAAAGUGUGAAUCAAGUGAUCGGUAUUAUGGGACCAAUCGGUGGACCAAAUCCUCGAUAUGUAUUCUUCUUUAAAGAGGACACAAAUAUCACGUAUUGUUGGACACAAAACAAGGAUUUUCUCACAGAUGUGAGUGUUUUGUAA